ACAUAAUUUUUGGAUGGCGUAGUCAGAUGGGGGUUAGGAUUGACAUAUCAAAAAAUUGUUAUGCUACGCCCACUAGAAGUACGUUAUGUACGAAACUACACGAGACCCUUACAUUCUACCUAUAAAUUUUGUGCAUUUAUUUUUGUUGGAAUUGGGUAUUGUAUUGACUGUGUCUGUUAUGUUGUCAAGUUUUUUAAUGUGUUAGUUUGGGUUAUAAUUGUUUCCAAUGUCUCAGAAGAUAAAAUUCUGGAGGCCUGGAGAUUCUUCUCCGCAACAAAAUGUUCUUCAAGAACGUCAAACGAACACUUUCGAUUCUAGCAUUUUGUACAAGCCUACUGGAGCUGACCUAUCACUUGAUAACCAAAGGAAAAGAUUGCCGAUUCACAACUAUCGAAGUCACAUUAUAUAUUUGCUAGAAAAUAAUCGAACACUUAUAAUAGUUGGAGAGACGGGAUGUGGAAAAAGUACACAAAUUCCCCAAUAUCUGGUCGAGUCUGGAUGGGCAACAUCUGAGAAUCAAAAAAUUGCUAUAACAGAACCUCGUCGAGUAGCAGCAGUUUCUCUUGCCUCCAGGGUGGCAGAUGAAAGAGUGGGAACAUUGGGACUGGAAGUUGGAUAUGCAAUCCGUUUUGAUGAAUGUUAUGAUGACAAGAAAACUUUAAUUAAGUUUAUGACUGAUGGUGUUUUGCUUCGAGAAAUGAUGACAGAUCCUUUGUUAAAGCAGUAUUCUGUUAUUAUGGUUGAUGAAGCACAUGAGCGCAGCAUUAAUACAGAUAUGUGCAUAGGUCUUCUCAAGAAAAUACAAAAACGAAGACCUGAGUUGAGACUAAUUGUAGCCUCAGCUACCAUUGAUGCUGAAAAAUUUUUCGAUUUCUUCAAUGUAAAAGAUGAGCAAGAAAAUGAUUCUUGUGCAAUUUUGUCAGUUGAGGGCAGAGUUCACCCUGUUGAAACUUUUUAUUCAGUUGAUCCUGUUCCAGAUUAUGUUACAGCCACUGUUAAAACAAUAAUGGAAAUACAUCUAUCACCUAAAGAAGGGGAUAUUCUUGCAUUUCUUACUGGACAAGAGGAAGUAGACAGAGCUGUUGCUCAAGUACAAGAACAAGCUCGAUCGGCUGCUAAAAAUGGCAUGAAAAAAUAUUUGAUUGUCAUGCCGAUGUAUAGCACUUUGCCAAUUCAUGAACAGCAAAAAAUUUUUGAAAAAGUAUCUCGAAACGCCAGAAAGGUGGUUAUAAGUACGAAUAUAGCUGAAACAUCCAUUACUGUCAAUGGUGUAGUAUUUGUGGUCGAUUGUGGUUUCGUUAAAAUCAAAGCAUACAAUCCACACACAGGCAUUGAAUCGCUGAUGGUCAAUCCGACAUCGAAAGCAUCCGCUUUACAAAGAGCUGGUAGAGCAGGACGAUGCAGGCUUGGUGAAGCAUACCGACUUUACACAGAAGAAGACUAUGACAAGCUUGAUGAUAUAACUGUUCCAGAGAUGCAAAGGACUUCACUUGUGCCUGUUCUUCUUCAGCUAAAAUCUCUUGGAGUAGAAAAUGUUGUGAGAUUUGAUUUCUUGUCACCUCCUCCUGCCCAAUGUAUGAUUAACGCAAUGGAAACCUUGUAUGCAUUGGGUGCAAUAAAUGAGAAUGGCUCUCUCACCCAACCUUUAGGAUUUCAAAUGUCAGAAUUCCCUCUCGGACCUCAAUUUGCAAAAAUGAUUUUGAACUCGGAAACAUUUGAAUGCUCUGAGGAAAUUAUUACAAUCGCAGCUAUGCUCCAGGUAAACACAGUGUUUUCCAUGUCUGCAAGGACAAAAACACAGUCAAUGAAAGAACAUAGAAAGUUUGCGGUAGCUGAAGGUGACCACAUAACUAUGUUAAAUGUAUACAAUGCGUUUGUAAAUGAAGGAAAUGAGACUAAGAGAUGGUCAAAUCGCUAUUGUUUAAAUUUUGAAAGAUUGAAGCGUGCCUGUCAACUGAGGAAACAGCUUGAAAAAUACCUUAAUAGGUUUAAUAUCAAGUUGAUAUCAUGUGGAAGAGAUACUGAAAAAAUUCUUCGUUGCAUCACAUCUGGAUUUUUUGCAAAUGCUGCUAAACUUCAAAUGGAUGGUUCUUAUAAAUCAUUAAAGGGUGGUAAUACAUUACAAAUUCAUCCCACUUCUGUUCUUGCCACAGAACAACCGCCUCAAUUUGUUAUUUUCAAUGAAAUAAUGCAAACAACAAGCUAUUAUAUGAGAGAUAUAUCUGUUAUCAAGCCUGAAUGGCUUUGUGAACUUGCUUCUCAUUAUUAUGAAUCUGGGACUGAAAGAUCGAUUGGUGUAAAACGAAUGAGAGUGUUUUGAACAUAUAUUUUUGAAUGUUGCUAGGACAUCAAAAUUAAUAUUGAUUUUAUUUAUUGUUUGAAACAUAUAG